UCAGAGACGCGUCCCAGGGCUGGAAAGAGCCCUCCGUGCUCAGGCAGCGCCGCUGGAAGGUGCGAAGGCAGGGAGGAGGCCCGGGCAGGAGCAGAGAGCCAGGCCCCGGCCCUGCAGAGUCCUGCAAACCAGGAGGCUGGCGGGAAGGCUGAGAAGUGGAUUCCUAGGAACGGUCUCUCCCCCUUCCCCCUUUCUGUGCCGCCCUCCUCUGGGAUCCUUUCCAGUCUGGACAGAGCUGUCCACUCCACGGCCCGUCCGCCUGAUCUCUUUCCGAAGGGCCCUCUGCUGGCAGAGCUGACAUGCGUCAGCCUCAAGGCUGCCUGGGAUCCUGGCGAGACAUGCAGCUGGGUUAGAGUUCGAGCGGAGAGCUUCCGUGGGGCCGUGAGAACCGCUGUGUGGCCCAGACCCUGCUCCAGCCAUGAUCCGCCUGCGAAGCCGUGCCCUGUGCUGGGCUCUGCUGGGUGCCGUGACCCUGGGGCUUCUGUACCAAGCCGGGACCUGCUAUAGCCGGGGGAGCUUCCCAAGCUUUUCCUACAGGGAUCCUCUGGGAGCUCACCAGCCCGGAGCCGGAGCCGGAGCCGGAGCCGGAGCCAUGCCAGCGCAGCCACCGGCGACCCUGCUGGGCAGCAGGGCCCCCAGCUCCACGCUGCAGCCGUUCUUGGGGGACCUGUAUGGCCGGGACGAGACGCACCGGAGCUCGAGGUGCCCCAGUGGCAUCAGGAAGAGGAUCGCGAGCACCAAGUUCAGCAGCGUCUUCCUGGAGGCCAUCCCGGUGCUGCAGUGGGCCCGGCAUGCCCGGCCGGCUGAGUAUCGACGCCUGCGGAGCUACGGGGGGGCCCACGGCUGGCAGGAGGUUGGCUGGCCCGUUGUGAGGGACGCGCUGACCCGUCUCAACGCGUCGGCCAACGGGCGCAUGUUCGACGCCCACCCCCGAGCUGCUGCGGGCGGCUCCCCCUGCGUCCGCUGCGCCGUGGUGGGCAACGGUGGCAUCCUGAACGGCUCCCAGGCAGGGGCUGCGAUCGACCGGCACGAGUACGUCUUCAGGACCAACGGGGCCCUCACCAAGGGCUUUGAAAGAGACGUGGGCCGCAGGACCUCCUUCUAUGUCUUCUCUACUAACACCAUGAUGAACUCGCUGCAUAACUACGCCAGCAACGGCUUCCGCCAGCUGCCCCAGACUCUGGAAACCAGGUACAUCUUCCUCCCGGACCAUGACCGAGAUUACCUACAGCUCCGGGCGGCCCUGACCCAUCGCCCUGUCGACAGAGGCCCAGAUGAGGGUGCUCGGCCGGAGCGAUACUUCGGGAAAGACCUGCGGGCGGAGAAGUUUAAGAUGUUUCACCCAGAUUUUAUCCGCUACGUCAGGAACCGGUUCCUCCGCUCCAGCAUUCUGGACACCCCGCAGUGGAGGCUGUACCGUCCCUCCACCGGGGCAGUGAUGCUGCUGGCUGCCCUCCACACCUGCGAUGAGGUAAGCGCCUACGGGUUCAUCACCCCCAACUACCGGGCCUACUCCGAACACUACUUCGACCCGACGCACAAGGCCCUGCGGUUCUACGCCAACCACGACCUGCGGCUGGAGAUGAGCCUGUGGCAGGAGCUGCACCAGAGCCGGCUCAUCACGCUGCACACGAGAGGCUGAAGGUUGGGACCGUGCUGGGCGGUGCAGAGUGAAGGGACCUGCCUGGUGGGGCGCUGGGGCAGACACGCCGGCACUGCGCUGGGAACAAACCCUCCGUCAAGCGUGAAGCUGGGGCUGGACCUCAGGGAAGGAAAAGCCCCGUUGGACUGUCGCCUCACCAUGACCAGGGCAGGAUGCUGUGAGCUGGGCUCGUGCCUACGCCAUGAGUGGAAUGAGUUUGUCAGGCCUCACCGUGGCUUCACAGCAGACGGAGAGGUGCCUCGUUGCUUGGGGAGGCGUCCUCCUGCACUGGGCGAUGCUGCCCACGGCCGCCUGCCAGCCCCAGGGCGGUUCCCGCCCGAGCGGAGUUGUCACCUGACUGACUAUCCCUGGAACAAAUCCAGGCUGCUGCUUUCUGGCGGGGCUGAAUGCAGCUGGGGGGGCUGUGUAGCUUGCAGAACAGCUCACGAGAAGGGGGCUGCAUGGCAGCCCUGAUCCAGCAGAGCCUUUCGCUGGGACUGAACUGGCGCCAUGAGCAGGCCUCUGGGCUGUAACGCUGCUCGCUGGGUCCCCAAGUUCCCUCCAAGCGUCCCUCCCUGCUGCUGCUGCUGAGAAUUGCCUACUACAGGAGCGUGCCUGGCCCCGCAGGCAGGGAGCCCUGGCAUUCGAACUCCCCGGCCUGAAUAACCGGGGAAUGGGGGAGUUGGUAAGUCCCGUUACAAAGCAGAGCAAUGCCUCUGGCUCCUGGAUAGUCUGUCCCCAAAUUCCAGCCAGCCUUGGGGGCAAGAUCCCAGCACUCCGGCCGCUGGGGUGUGGCAUGAGCCCCUGCUGCUAUACAGAGCGCGUCCCUCCUGGAGCCAGAGCAGCCUUUGUCUAACCAUAGCCCCCUUCUCCCCUGGCCAGCGCCAAAGAAGGGGCCUCUACCCACACAACAGGAAGAGCAGUCUGAGAGCCAGGGAUGUCCCGACUCGGGGGCAUUGGCUAGGUGCCGGUCCUUCUGUGCCUCGGUUUCCCCAUCUGUAGAAUGGGAGUGGGCACUGUUUGUUA